UCUCCCCCGCGGCAAAGGGCGAGACAGGAGCGGGGCGGACCCCGCAAGCCGCGCUGGGUCCAGAGCGGGCGGGAAGGGGAGCCGGCCCCGCUGCGGCAGCAAAGGCUCAAGGGAAGGCUGCCUGCACCACCCGAGGAGCCGCAGGGCCGCCUCUCUCGCCGCCCGUCCCUCCCGGCUGGAGAUGACGGGCAGCGAGCCAAAGCAUCCCCGCGCAGCGCCGAGCGCCUUUCCGUCAGGCUGCUAGGCAGAUUCCCAAGCCGGAGCGUCGCGCCCUCUCGUUUGGCCACCCUUCGAGGCGCGGCGGGACUCGGCCAUCCCCGCUGCCUCGGGCCUGCGGGAGGUUGACUCGCCCGCCUCCCAGAUGCCGGACGGGCCCCCGCCAGCCGUCGCUCGGAGCCUGCAGGAGCCAGUGAUCCCCCUGCACCACCACCCCGCAUUUCAGGAGCGCCCUCUCGGGGCGGGCAUGCGCCUUUCCACGGCCCUCGCCGCCGUCCAUGGAGGUGGCCGCCCUGGGGAUCAACGCCUCGGAGGCGGUGGUGGGCAAUGAGAGCCACGGAGGCGGCCCGGUGUCGGCGCCAGACCCCCCUGCCGGCGGCGUAGAGGAGGAGGCGCAUUGGGACUGGUCCGAGGCGGCGCUGGCCUCGCAGGCGCUGCUCUUGCUACUGAUCUUCGCCCUCUCGGCCCUGGGCAACGGUGCCGUGGUGGUGGUCAUCGCCCGGCACCGGCAGCUGCGGACGGUCACCAACGCCUUCGUGCUGUCGCUGUCGCUGUCCGAGCUGCUGGGCGCCGGGCUGUGCCUGCCCUUGGCCUUCUUCAGCCUGCUGAGCGGCCGCCCCCACGGGGCUUGGCUCUUCGGGCCGCGCCUCUGCCUGGCCAGCGCCGCUCUCCACGCCGGCCUGGGCGUCGCCGCCACCCUCACCAUGGCGCUGCUCUCCUUCGACCGCUACUGCGCCAUCGUCCGCCAGCCGCGCCAGAAAAUGGGCCGCCGCAGGGCCGCCCAGCUCCUGGCUGCCGUCUGGCUGGCCGCCCUGGGCUCCUCGGGGCCUUGGUACCUGCUGGCCCAAGAGGAGGACGAGGAAGAGGAGCAGGCGGCCGGAUCCGUGCCGCCUGCCGCCGCCUACCACUGCCUGUACGUCCUGCCCUGGGGCUCGUCGCGCCUAGGCCGCCCCUACGGGGCCACCUUGAUCGUCCUGUGCUACCUGCUGCCCUUCGCCCUCAUGUGCUUCUGCCACUACCACAUCUGCCGGGCGGCGCGGCUCUCGGAAAGCCGGGUGCGCCCGCUCACGACCUGCGGGCCCCUGUUGCGCUUCUACGGCGAGAUGCGCACCGCCACCACCGUCCUGAUCAUGAUCGUCUCCAUCAUCUGCUGCUGGGGGCCCUCCUGCGUCCUGGGCCUGGCCGCCGCCACCGGACGCUUCUCCUUCUCGCCCGCCACGGACGCGGCGGCCAGCUGGCUGGCCUGGGCCAACGGCGCCAUCAAUCCCCUCAUCUACGCCGCCCGCAACCCCAACAUCGCUAUGCUGCUGGGGCGCAGCCGGGAAGGCGGCUACCGGACUAGGAACCGCGCGGCUGCCGCGCCGGGGCGCGGCCUAGAGGGCAAGACCCGGGCGGAACGGUAUGCCAGCCACGGGACCGGGGGCACCCUUGGGAGCACCCUGCCCAUCUCCAGUCCCGCCAGCGGAGGGGAGGUGGCCAUGUGGGCCUGUAAGAACCCGGCCCUCCUUUUCUGCCGCGAGGGGCGUCCAGACCCCGCGGCGUCCGAAGCCGCCUUGCAGCCACCCAACGCAGCCACUGCCGACACCAGCCUUUGAAACCAGAAGGGGCCGCAGGGGGUGGACGCAGCCAAGGUCGGUGAAGAGUGCCCGGAAGCCUCCUCCCGUGCGAGAUUUACAAUCAGAGCCGACUCCGCUAGCAGCUAAGGAAAUCACCCCGGGUCCUGGAAGGAGGGGCGCUGGGCAUCGGCGGGGGCGCUGUGAAUCCUGUUGGCGUUUGAACCUCCGUAUUAGCUAGAAAACAGCUACUGCAGGAAGAGCAGUUUGGGUUCUGAUGCUUUCAUAGUUUGGGGACGUAUGAGUUAAAAGCCUGUAACAAAGUGGCUGCCUGACAAUGAGCCCGCUGCUGAGCUGAAGGGAUUCAGAAGGAUUGCGCUAGUCUAGAGCAGAGGUGAGGAAUCUCAUUGGCCAAAUGCAGCCCUCUAGGCCUCUCUGCCCAGCCCCCCUCCCAGAAGCUCCCAGGCCACACCCCUCACCGGCCUUGCUCCGCCCCCUCCUUGAAUCCCUGUCCGAGCGCUGGAACGUGUCCUGGACGUGUGAUCAUGCUUGUGCCUGUGAGCAGGGGCGUCACUACCGGGGUGCAGAGGGUGCGGCCCGCACCCAGGUGUCACCACGAGAGGGGUGACACCCAGAGCUGCCCCGCGCCAUUGCCUGGCAAGGCUGCUUCAACUCCUUGGAGGCGGGUGGGCUGGCGAGACCGGGAGCAGCGUCGGCGGGGCGAGGGAGGCGCGCCGGCGUUCCCAGGCCUUCUCUGGCUGGGUGCUCCUCCGGUGUGCGCCCUCCCAGGGGCAUGGACGGGGUGGCUGGCUUCGAGUGUGCGUGUGCGCACACAAGCCCAGCCACCUCGACCAUGCCCCUGGGAGGGCGCGCACCGGAGGUCCGCACCCCCCCCCCGCACUCCCGCUGGUGACACCGCUGCCUGUGAGAGAAAAAUGUGUAUCUCUACAGUGCAAAGGUGGGAGUCACACCAUUGCUCCACCCACAUCCUGCCCCCUGGCUCCGCCCACCACUCUCACGCAGCGCUGGAAGGUUACCCUUGAGGCAAUGGGCCCUUUGGGCUGAAAAACAUUCCCCACCCCUGCUCUAGAGAAAGCAGGACUAUCUCAUUCCUGCAAAACAAAUUUGUGGAAGCCAGAGCUGGUGUUAGCCCCAGACACCCGUGGGCAGUUGCUCGGGCCCCUGGGCUGAUGCCUGAUGUCUGUAGUUUCUGGCCCCAGACAGUGUCAGAGGGCUGACAUCCAGCCCUCCCCCCUUUCAUUGCCUCCAACACCGCCAACCUGAUAGCGCUUUGUAGGGUUGUGGGAAAUUUAAAGGGUGUCUAGAUGCAGCUACCACAGUGCUGCUCGGAGAACUGGCACUGCGGCCAGUUAAAUGUACCAGAGCCCACUCAAAGAAGGGGGGGGGUCCACUAGAGGUCAGGCACCCCUCAAACCUGGAGCUGGCCCCAAUGGGAGCCUUAGGAGGGGUGGGGACUGCAGGGAAUGAACAUUUGCAAAAUGGCAGGAGUGGCUGUGUAAGAGGGAACUACAUUCCUCAUCAGUAGGCAAGUCACUGUGUGAUGGGUGCCAGCAGCACUUCGGCAGCUACAUUCCAUGCAGCAUCAGCAGCCACCGAUUACAAAGCUGGGGUGGUGAUGGAGAGGCAGUGAAGGUGAUCUGUCACAGCUUGAUUUCAAGGAGAAGCACAAUUUUGUUUUUGUUGUGCUAUUUUUAGCAAGCUAUUUUACUAUGUGGCCUUUGGGAAGUCUUUUGUAAUUUUUAAAAAAUAAAUCUGAGGACGAGCCGGCCAAAAACAGCACAUUUCUGUCGAUCUCAGCAGGAGAAAUUUAUAGUGCAAUCCUCUGCCUGUUUACAAAGAAGUAAACGACACUGUGUUCAACGGGCAUACAACAUACGGGCAUGCUUGAUCUCUCUCAUCAAAGUCAUCAGGACCUUAAAACUGCCGGAUUAUGCACUCAGUCAGUGUUGGGGAAGCUGUGGCCCUCCAGAUGGUACUGGAGUCAAAACGCCCAUCAGUCCCCACCAAUAUGGCCAGUGGUCAGGGCAGCGGUGGCUAGUGGCUCCAUAUUAGUGAGGCAAUGGAAUCUGCUCUGGGUUUUACUCUGACUUUCCAGGAGCUGGCCAAGGUACUUCAGGGGAGAUACUGGGUGCGUUAGCACCUUGGAAAGCUCCUUGAAAGUUUGGGUUAAAACCUGGAGCGGCUUCCACUGCCCCACUGACAUGGAGCCCUCAGCUGCCACUGGAUGCAACAAACCUGCAAGGUCAGGGGUUCUGCAGCCCUAAAUAAAUAAGAUUUUCUUUUUGAAAA